AUGUCAGUUAGACGAGUACUUGUCAUCGCUGGGUCGGAUUCCUCCGGUGGAGCCGGUUUGGAAGCUGACCAGAGGGUCCUUGCUGCCCAUGAGAUAUACACGAUGACUGCUACUACGGCCUUGACGGCACAGAACACGCUCGGUGUCGGAGACAUACAUGUUGUGCCACCAAAAUUCGUGGGAAAGCAGAUCAGGCAAGUGAUGGACGACAUUGGUUGCGAUGUCGUCAAGAUGGGAAUGCUAGCAUCGGCCGCAACCAUUGAGGUUAUCGCAGACACACUACAAGAGUAUGAUAUUAAAUCUAUCAUUCUUGACCCUGUGAUGGUGUCGACCAGUGGUGCUCAGCUCCUGCCAGGGGACGCGGUCAGAAUACUACGAAAAAAAUUGCUCCCUGUGACCACUAUACUAACCCCCAACAUACCGGAAGCUAUUUUGUUACUAAGAGAUGCCGAUGAAUACGUUAAGAAUCCUAGCAACCUAGACGAGGCAAAGACCCUUGCGAAGCAAGUCCAUGGUCUUGGACCAAAAGCAGUACUCCUGAAAGGAGGCCAUAUUCCGCUAGCAAAAGACUAUACAAAGCCAAGAUCAGACGACAAUGCUUCCGUCGUUGUGGAUAUCCUCUACGAUGGCUCCGACUAUACUCUCGUCGAAGCACAAUACUCGACUUCAAAGAACACACACGGGACUGGUUGUUCAUUGGCAUCGGCGAUUGCUGCGAACAUAGCUUCCGACCAGGAACUGCCGGCUGCAGUCAGAAAUGCAUGCAGAUACGUCGAGGCGGGCAUCACGACUAGCAAGACGUUGGGCAGAGGAAAUGGACCUAUUAACCAUUUCCAUUCCACUUACCACUUGCCCUUUGCACCUGGACGAUUUAUCGAGUUUCUUCUUCAGAGGCCAGACGUUAGGCAUGUGUGGAACAGUUACACGCAACACGGAUUCGUCCAGCAGUUGGCCCAGGGCACGUUGCCGAGAGACCUAUUCAAGAAUUAUCUCGUUCAGGACUACUUGUAUCUUACUCACUUUGCAAGAACGAACGCCUUAGCAGCGUAUAAGAGCACAUCAAUGGACUCCAUAUCAGCAUCAGCGCACAUCGUACUGCAUAUCGAACGGGAGAUGUCCUUGCACCUUGAUUACUGCCAACAGUUCGGACUAUCACGCUCUGAUAUAGAGAAACAGAAGGAGAGCCAAGCCUGCGUAGCAUACAGCCGAUAUGUGCUUGAUGUUGGGCAAUCACAAGACUGGCUCGCUCUUCAGAUGGCGCUCGCCCCCUGUCUGCUGGGAUAUGGCGCCGCCGCUCAGCGUCUUCAUUCAAGUGCUGACAGCGUGAAAGAGGGAAAUCCAUACUGGAAAUGGAUUGAAAACUAUGUUGCAGAUGACUACGUGGAGGCAGUUCGAAAAGGCUCAGCACUUAUCGAGUCGAGCAUCUGCAAGCAGUCACCUGCGAGGAUAGAGGAGCUGGUAAAGAUUUUCAUACGGGCUACUGAGAUGGAAAUACGGUUUUGGGAUUUUGGUGCACAUUCAUGA